AUGGAUAGUUGCAACGAAGAUCAUGGAUUUCCAAUUGGAGGCGAACAGGAUACGACAUCGCAGGGUUUGGAGAAUAUCUCUGAAGACUCUAUUGAUGUGGAAGGCCAUGAUGAAGUAGUUGUUAUAAAUGGGAUGGAUGAUUUGUUGAAGUAUGAUAUGAAGAGUUUGAGUAAUGAAGCAGCGCUGAAGUUUCAAUUCUGUAAUCGUGAGGUUGCGUUUGAGUUUUAUAACCUAUAUGCCAUGGGGAAAGGGUUUGCAGCGAGGAAGAAUAAAAUUUUAAGGAACAAAAAAGGGGAUGUUGUGCAACAAUCAUUUGUUUGUUUUAGAGAAGGAUUCCGCAAAGUGGUAGCAAGAGAAAAUCGAAAAAGAAAGAAGCAGGCUGACCGACGAUGUGGUUGUCCUGCAAACUUCCGGGUGCAUGUUGACAUUGGAACUACUCAUUGGUAUGUUACAAAAUUUGACGAUGAACACAAUCACGAGUUGUUAAGUGAAAGGCAUGUUGGAAGGUUGGCCCUCCAUAGAAGGUUAAGUGACGGUGAUGUGAUGCAACUCAAUGGCAUGAGGAAUGCGGGAAUAGGUGUAACUGAAGUUUAUAACUUGAUUGCCAGUCAGUCUGGGGGAUUUGAUAGGGUGCCAUUUACGAAAAGGAAUUUACACAAUCAGAUCGGCAAGCAAAGGAGGUUGUUGAAGUGUGAUGUCCAAACCGCUAUUAAGUACCUUAAGGGAAUGCAGAAAAAAGAUCCACUAAUGUUUUGGCGACAUCAUGCAGAUGAGAAUGGGAAACUAGAACAUUUGUUUUGGUCUGAUGGUAUAAGCCAAAAGAACUAUGAUGUAUUUGGUGAUGUUGUAGCGUUUGAUGCUACCUACCGCAAGAACAAAUAUAAGUACCCAUUUGUGAUGUUUUGUGGUGUUAAUAACCACAACCAGACAACGGUUUUUGGAAGCGCAAUAAUUGCAAAUGAAACUGAAGAGACAUAUAUCUGGGUGCUUGAGCGGUUGGUUGAAGCAAUGAAAGGUAAAUGUCCUACAUCUUUUAUCACUGAUGGACAUCUGUCCAUGAAAAAUGCUAUUAGCAUUGUAUUUCCAAGGGCUCAUCAUAGAUUAUGUGCCUGGCACUUGCUGCAGAACGCCACAAGAAACAUUAAGGUUCCAGGAUUCACUCAGGAGUUCCAAAAAUGCAUGUUGAUUGAUUAUGAAGUGGGUGAAUUCAAACAUAAGUGGGAUGACCUGGUUUCCAAAUUUGGUGUGGAAGACAAUGAGUGGGUGACAGAAAUGUAUGAAAAUCGAAAGAUGUGGGCAGUAGCUCAUAUUCGAGGUUGUUUUUUUGCUGGUUUCAGGACCACUUCACGAUGUGAGAGUUUGCAUUCAGAAAUAAAAAAAUUUAUACAUUCAAGAUAUAACUUGACUGAGUUUUUACAACACUUCCAUCGAUGUUUGGAUUUUAUGCGGUUUAGGGAGGUUGAGGCAGACCUGGCAUCUGUGGUUGGGAAGCAACCCCUUGAAACCCCCUUCAAGCAACUGGAGAAGUCGGCUUCUUCUGUGUACACACCAGCCAUUUUUGAAAAGUUUCGUUCAGUUAUUGUGAAAGCAUUCAUGGUUUAUGUCAGUGGCCGUAAAUUGACUUCUAGUUUCCAGAUCUUCACAGUUUCAAAGUUUCGCAGACCCAAUAAGGAGUGGCAUGUGUCAUUUUAUCCACCAACACCAAUGCUUAAAUGCUCGUGCCAAAGAAUGGAGUCAAUUGGGCUUCCAUGUGAGCAUAUGGUGGCUGUCAUGGUUAUAGUGGGUAUGAAUGAAGUUCCUGCAAGUCUUUUGCUGCACAGAGAAAUGUGCAAAUUAGCCGGUGCUUCAUUAAAUGAUUUCACAAGCACAAGAGAGCUAGUCCUUGCCCACAUUGAGCGGCUCAAAGCUAAGAAUAAUGGAAAUGAGGGACUUAACGAGCAUGAUGAAAACAAUGAUUCAGUCCCGUUCAGGAACCCUGAACCUGCCCGUCGCACAGCUGGUGGUGCUAGUACCUCUGGCACAAAACGUACUCGACGUCGAAAGACUAUGUGCAGUGUUUGCAAGACACCUGGUCAUAAUAAAGCUUCAUGCCGCCUAAAGAGUAGGAUCCACAAAAUGGCUGAUGAAGUCUACGGUGUUCAUAAUACACAACCAGCUGAUGAUGAAGAACCACCAUAUUACAGCCAGAACUUCAUGACAAAUUUGGUGAAGUUUUUCCAUCUAACCUCCUCAUAUACUGAUGGAGCUAUUACAGUUGUUACGUAUUUUGUGUUUGUCAAAGCUUUGUUGGUGUAG